AUGGAACAACAGAUUCUAAACCACUCUCAUUCACAGCGCCAUUCAAUACAAUCUGCAGAAGCCCACCACUCGCGCAACGCGAGAAAAGACUCCACGCAGGAUGAGUUGGGUGCCACGUUAAAAGACCAGUCGAACAGUGAUAUCACGGGCAGUGACACUCAGGAUGGUGAUCAAAAGAGAAGCAUGAGCGGCGCCGCCAACACGUCCAUCGAUACGUCUACACUUCAACACACGGCAACUCCCACCAACACGCUCAAGCGCGCGCAGCCACAGCUUUUCUCCGAGACUCCACACACCGCGGUGCGAGUAGAAGCAUCCAAGAAGAAGGCGAAAACAGCGAAAAGGAACCUAUGGGUAUCCAUAUCAAGAUACACACUUUCAGAUGCGGCGACACAGGAUGGCAAACCAGACUACUGCAUUUGGAGCUUAAUCGUCAAACUGCGCUUCUCAGGACGACUCGUCAUACCCGGAACGCCGACUGCACACGAGCAAGCAUCGGCGGUGAAACCACGCAGCGCCUCCAAACGCCCUCGCACCGUCUCUACGCCCACCACGCCCUUCGUCAACCAGACACUCAGCACGCCGCGACCAGAAAGCCCCGCCUCGUUAUCCCAGAACCCCGGUUCCUCUCCCGGCACCUGGAUCGACGAAACCCAAGACUUCGACGUGCUUGCGGUGCGCUCUACACUGCGUUCUCCUAGCACCCCGGUCAAAGACUUAGGUCCACACUACACUUGGUACACUGACGCGGUACCGGUUGACGCUCUGUUUCCCCCGGGUGUCCCUCUAUCAGCCAAGGAGAUACUAGCGUACUAUCCGCACCACGUGCGUUGGAAAGACGUGAUGCUGCGGCUGGCGCGGAGUGGGUAUCGAGGGAGCGAGAUACUGGGGAUACAGGUAUGUCUGAAUUUCUCGUUCCACGCCCACAUACGCACAUGGGCAAAGAGAUACACAGCAAGCUAUCCACAGCACAACGAUCAUAGCCAAGCUAACCAGCAUUCCCAGGCCUUCUUCCGACGCGCACCCCACAACACGGGCACGACCACCAAAGCCAUGAACGCAUACCAGCGCGACACCCUCCGCUACAUGUUCCCGGGCUUCAAAACCUCAGCCUCCUCUUCGGACCUGCCCCCCGGCCUCACGCAACCCCAAUCCCAACCCGCAACCCAGCACACGACGCAGCUGCACCCGGGAAAACACAUAUCCAGCCACCGCCCGGGCUUCGUGCUGCCGUCGCUCGACGCCCUGGUCCAGGGCCUGCAGCAUCUCCCGUCGGGCCUCGAUGCGCGCUGCCUGACGGAGUGUCUGGCGUGGUAUAUGCGCGUGCGGGACACGUUUACCCCGAGGCUGGAGCUCAAUGUGUUGCAUGUGCAGGCGCUGACGCGCGCGCUGCGGAUCCCGGUGCGGAGCUACGGGAUGCUGGAUUUGGAUGUGUGCGGGUUGCAGGAGUGGAAGGCGAGGGGCGGGUUUGUAGAGAGGGUGUGUUUGUGGGGAAGUACCAAUACCAGUACCAGUACCAGUACCAGUACCAGUACCAGUACCAGUACCAGUACCAGUACCACUGCUCGUGCUGAAGCUGCUGGAGAAAAGGAGAACAGAGAGGGAAACGGUAAGACGCGGUUAAAAGUUAAUGUGGCAAGAGAAGAAGUUAGCUUGGAGUUGAGACGGCCGCUGAGAUAUGUCUUCAUGUUUCCGUUUGUGGCGCUGCACGGGGUUGUGGAGGAGGCGCUGAAGAUGGGGAUUCAGAGGGCGGAGGAGAGGGAGAGGGAGAGGGAGAGGGAGAGGGAGAGGGAAAAGGCUGGGAGAGUGGUGUUGUAG